AUGCUGCAGUGCACAGCUGCGUCGGCCAGCGAGCAGCUGCCAGCUGCCAGCGACGCACUGUUCCAGGCGUGUUUUCAUUACCCUACUCUCUGUUCACGCCUGCGCAACACCUCGACCUUUUCCUUCGCUCGCCUUCGUUCGCCUUCGGCCGCAGAAAGCAACCUCUCGCCUCCUCCUCACUACCACCACGUCGGCGGCUCACCACGUCCUUCCGUCUGUGCCACGAAAGCGAGCACUGGCAAGGCAAGGCAAGGUCGCGACUGCCAUUAG